AUGGGCACCACCUUCUUUGUCACCGACACGGGCACCCUGGAGGUCUCCGUGAACGGUAACGUGGUCAAUACCCUCAAAGAGGGCAAGGCUUUUGGAGGCCUGGCAUUGCUCUACAACUGUCCCAGGACAGCCACUGUGCAAGCUCUGAGCAAAGCGGGUGUAUGGGGAGCGAAUGGCAACAAUUUCAAGCAGGUGCUUGCGCAGAAUGCAGCCAACCGCCAGGCUGACAACCUGAAGUUCCUAGACUCCAUCAAGGUUUUCGACGGCCUCAACCAGAAACAGAAGGACCAGAUCGCUCUUUCUGCUUUCUCCGAGGCCUUCGAGGCGGGCCAGCGCGUGGCGACCCAAGGGGAAUCACUGGCCGCUAUCUACUUCGUGAAGCGCGGCGGGCUCUCUGUGAUGUCCGGUGGCGAAGUGAAGGCAGACGGCAAGUUCGAGGGCGGUGUGCAGGCACAGAAGCUCUCGUCCGGCGAGUACAUCGGCGCUGCACUUCUCCUGAGUCAGAAACAGCGCCCUAGCUGGGAUCACACGCUCCUGGCAGAUGCAAAGACAGAGCUGCUCUGCAUCAGCGUGAAGGAUCUGAAGGAGGUGUUGGGCAAUGACUUGGGCGGCAUCCUUGAGUCCGCCCUGGUGCAGAAGGGGUUGAGGAUGUGCCCCGUGAUGUCACAGUUCUCGUCCACCCAGCGGAACGACAUCGCCAAGUCGGUUGUCAUCAAAGACCUGAAAUCUGGCGGUGCUCUGCCCGACGGUGUGCGAUAUGUCAUUGUGCUGGAGGGUACAAUCAGCGGCACACACAAAGAAGAACAGGCGAUGCAAGCCGUUUCCAAAGCCCCGCGUGGAGCUUUCGCCUCUGCACUGCGUUUCUUUUUUGGUCUUGCCGUAACGGCCCUGGUGCUGCUGGCUUUGACCUCGCAGGAAAGUUCCUCGGCUGGGCAGCGCACGGAACCGGCUCCAGAGAGGUCUCCUCCAGAGCCAGAGCCCAGAAGAGCCUCGAACGCCCUUCGCAGUGCGAUACCAAGAAGGGAGGAAACGGGUAGCAUCCCUGGAAGAGCGCCUCUCGAGGGCGCCGGAGACCCUGGGCUCGCGGGUUCUGGGAGGCUCCAGGAGGCAAUAUCAAGCCCUGCGGCUCCUGCAGCUCCCACAGCCCCGAUUGCCGAAGUCGCCGCGAUCACUGCGACCACUGCGACGGCUGAAGCAGCCGCCCCAGCAGCUGCAGCACCUCCGGCACCUGCGGCAGCUGCGACGCCUCCGGCACCUGCGGAGAACCCCGAUGUCCCGAGCGUGGCUGCCCUUGUCUCAGGGCCAAGUUGGGGCAUCAAUGGCUGGAAUGACACAGUCGCGAUACCUGUGGGCAAGCCACCUCCGCCCACCGGUCGUGUGGCCUACGCCUGGUAUUUGGCCGGCGAGCCCAGGCAAUUUGAGGAUUAUGCCUGCGCCAUCCUUGUCAAUGCCUGGAAUGGCUUGAGGCCCAAUGCGGAUAUGGUUGUAGUUCAUUUCGAGGAGGUGCCGCGUCGCGCUCGCUUUGAGAAGCUGGGCAUCAAGCUUAUCAAGGUGCAGCAGACCACAAGCAAAGGCAUGCACCAGUGGGUGCAGUCUUAUCUCAAACUUCGAGUGGCCAGCUUGUAUCAGUACGACCGCAUUAUCUACAUGGAUGCUGACAGCUUUCCGAUCGGCAGCCUGGACAACUUGUUUGACUUGGCCAACUUUCCGGUGGAGAUCGCGACCCCGUUCUCCUACUGGGAUGGGCAUGGCGCGAUGAGUGGUGGCCCGAUGAUCAUCGAUCCCCGGCGUAUCUUCUACGACCGGGACUUCGGCAGUGUUCUCGACACCAGCUCCAGCCUGCACCUCGCAUCAGAGAUGGAUUGGGUCAACAAGCGCUUCAAAGACACCAUCUCCCUGUUGCCGGGAUACUACACGAUGCUGAUCGGCGAGUUCUGCGGCGAUGAUGGGGUGCACAAGCCUCCAUUUGUGUACAGGCACUGGCAGAAGUACUUCGGGGAAUCUGCCGAGUGGGUGCUAAAACACGCCACAGUCACCUUGGAGCGUGCACAGUGGCUGGAGGACGGCGGGCUGCUUGAAAGCAACGCUGCCUCGGAGGCCAAGUCGGAGAUCAGGAACUUCGUGGCUGGAUCGAACGGUGCACGUGUCGGCUACCUGACCAAGGAAGGGCUCCUGGGUGCGCUGAAAGAGCUGGGUCUGGCGGCCAUCGGCAACGCCGAGGAGGCUUCGGAUCUCACCCGGAAGCUGAUCGUGGCAAAGAAGGUGCACAUCUUCCGUCACCUUUCAAGCGAGCAGAUCAACAAGUUGGUUCAGUCGUUCGUGCUGCAGCGCUACCGCAAAGGUGCCCACGUCAUCAAGCAGGGUGAAGUUGGUGCUUCCUUCUUCGUCAUCGCUAGUGGCGACGUCAAUGUCGAGAUCGAUGGAAAAUUCAUCCGCACCAUGACGAAGAACUCCUACUUUGGCGAGCGUGCUCUGCUAUUCGAUGAGCCGCGCACAGCCACCGUGGAGGUUUCUUCCCCGGAAGCGGAGCUCUGGUCUAUCGAGAAGUCGACAUUCUCGUCCAUUGUCGCUGGAAAAAUGCAGCAGGAGUUGAUGCACCGCAUCCGCCUCUUGGGAUCUGCAUGUCAAUCGCUGCAGCUAUUUGGCUUGGACAUACCCUUGUCAUCCCAAAUUCCGAUACAUAUCUGUAGCAAGGCGCUCGAACUGUUCAAACAGUCUCCUGCGCCUGAUCUUCGCCUCUCCAAGAAACUACCGGACAUGUCUGCGAAUCCAUCUACGCUCUCUUCCUUCGCGCGGGAGUUCCAGCCAAGUGGUGCUUCUCCUGUGCACUCCAUGCAGAAUCAAUAUUAUUCGUCCUCGGCCACGUGCUGCCAGUACCAGGGCCAGGAGCAAAUGCAGCAAGGUGCCAUGAGUGGCUACUAUGCGAACACUGGGUAUGGCUACGACUGCUACCAAGAUGUUGCCUACAGCAACGCAGCCUACAGUGGUGAUGCUUAUAAUCAGGGCUACUAUGGAGACAGCCAAUACACCAAUUCCAGCUUUGGCCACUAUGCCAAGAGCGCUUACAACAGCCGCCCCCGCAACCCUCGCGCAGCUGCAAUCAAUCUCGACGAUUUCUCUGACAUCUCCGAUUCAGAUUCUGAUGCGGAGAUCCCCGCCAAAAUCGCCGCCACGUACCACGGCUCGCAGAUACGGAAAGAGAAGAAGGUGCCAGAUGCUUUGGAGACCUCCAGCGAAGCCAUCUCCGAGGAUGCUGAGCCGGCAGAGGAACCGUCGCCCUGCGCUGCCGAUGAGGCUGCGGGCUUGCUCGAGGGCAAGACUUCCACACCCUCCUCCUGCGAAGAGGACGCCGGCUCAGAGGCGGAGCUCUCGGUCAGCUCCGGUUCUUGCGAGCCAGAAGAGGAGGAGCUUGGCCCCAUGAUCAGCGAAGACGUGGUCUCAGAUCCGGAGACCGUCUUCAGCCUGAAGCAGAUGCUGAAGUGGCGUGACGCCGUGUUGAAAUCGGAGGAGGAGCCUCUGAUCCUCUACCGUACCCAGAUCUUUGAAGAGAAGGCCCCUGCGGUCAAGGAGGUUGUGACCAAGACUCCGAAGAGCAAGGCCUCCAAGAGCAAGGCCGGAAAGCUGGAAGUCUCGGAGAAUUCUUGGUCCGCCCAGCAGCGCAAGCUAAAGCAAUCGGAGGUGUCCCAAGACCCCUGUGAGCAAGUUGCACGGACGAUCAAGUCCAUUUUAAACAAGCUGACGCUCGAGAAGUUUGCGGGCCUCUCGCAGCAACUUCUUCAGUGCGGCCUCCGUACCUCCACACACGUGGAGGUAUUGAUCCACGAGGUCUUCGAGAAGGCAACGAUGCAGCACCAUUUCAUCGACAUGUACACAGAUCUUUGCGUGCUUCUGCACGAGCACUUUACGGCGCAACCGUUCGAGGAUUGCUCCGGCAAGGCAGAUGGGCGUAAGAUGACCUUCAAGAGACUGCUGCUGGAUGAGUGCCAGAUGUCUUUCGAGCGCCUGCUGUCGCCACCGGAAGGCCUCGAGCUCCUGGCAGCAGAGGACCGCACGGCAGCCGAGGUCCGCUAUAAAACAAGCAUGCUGGGCAACAUCCGCCUGGUGGGUGGUCUCCUUUCCCGCGGCAUGCUUGCUAGCCGGGUCGGCAUCGCCAUCCUUGAGGAGCUCCUGUCAAAUCCUACUCCGGAGGCCCUGGAGUCUAUCGCCGCGAUGCUGACGGUCCUGGGCCCAACGGCCGACAACAAGGAUUGGCCGCAGUACACGGCUCUGAAUGCCAUCUUCGAUCAGAUCUCCACCAUCGUCAAAGGCAAGAAGUGCCCUGCUCGCGAGCGCUUCCUCUUGAAGGAUCUGUUGGACCUUCGAAGCGCGCGCUGGGUGGACAAGCGGCCGAAGAAGAUCGAACGGGCGAUGACGCUGGCCCAGGUGGCCGACAGCGCCGCAGGCCGCAAAGUGGAGGAGCGCCUGAUUCGCAAAGUGGCCUCAAUGCCGGCCCCGGUGCCGGCUUUCGAGCAAGACAAGUUCCGCGAGGGCACCCGAAAGGCAUUGGUCGAACUGCGCCACAGCGGAUGCGUCGAGGAGGCAGUCAACCGCAUGAAGGCCCUGGGUGUGCCGCCGGAGAAGGACCAGGCCAUGGAGAUCUCCGAGAUCCUCUGCUUCACGGUGCAGGAGGGCGCGGCCUCCGUCCGUGAGUUGGAUCUCAAGGCUCUGCGUGCUGUUGUCGAGAAAAGCUGGAAGAAAGAUGCGCUUGCACAGGGUGCUGGCCUGUUUGUCAAGGACGUUGCUCCCGACUUGGGUUUUGACGUGCCCGGCUUGAGCAAGAUCCUUUCGGAGGAGGUGUGUAUGCUGCUUCCCGAGGCAGCAGAUGCAUUGAACAUCUUCCUGGGCUGA